UGACUCUCACCGGGCUUUAGAAUUGAAUGGCUCGCUUAGAUGAGCUUCCCCCAGAACUUUACGCGGCAAUCUUUGAGCAGUUCGAAGGCGGUUUCGACGAACGACAGCAGACGAUAGUUGCUCUCGUCCGUGCCAUACCCCGAUCGCCUGUACCGGACGACCUUCUCUUCGAACGCAUCCACCUCACCAAAAACAGGCAGGCAUACACCCUUUACCGGAGACUGAGGAAGAACUCGAAAGAUGCGGAUCGCGUCCGCAUAUUCACGUACGAAUGCUGGACUGCGCACGCCGAUUACGUCGUGAACCUGCUGAAGCUGCUGCAUCAGGUCGAGGAGAUGACUCUCUUCUUCGGACCUGACUUUGCCCCGGAGCAUCUCGAGGAAAUCUUCGAGAAGCCAAAAGAGAGGCUGAAGAUGUUGCAGCUGAGGUUCAGGCCGUAUGUUCAGAGGGCCAUGUACCAGCAGUUCCUCAAGGGAGCGUACUUUGACUCCACGCUGGAAGUUAUAUCGCGCUGGCCUCGCGCAUGUCUACCCACCCUCUCCCUUAUUCAAGACCCUCUCGACCCGAAGAUAGCUCCGGCCGGGGGGUUUGCACAGCCCUUGGUAUUCUUUCGCCUAGACCCUAUCAGCACGCUCGCUGCGUCCCCAUACGUCAGCACAGUGGCUAACUUCCGCUUUCGAAUACCCUCCCGCCAAAUCGCUCGCCACAUCGCCGAGAACGAAAGCACCCUCCCCUCGGUGGAGCUUCUCGACGUCUCGACGACCAAUGUCAGUGAGAAGGAUCUCGACAGAUUGCUUUCUAGGUUAUCGCGACUGAAGUAUCUCAUUAUGGAUGAGUGUCCCAUCGUCUCUCAACGUGCGGAUGCUUUGGAAGCGGAAGGUGCCGAGGGGCUAGGGCAAUGGACAUCGGUCGGGUUGGCACUAGCUGUCACGACCAUCGCUCGCACCAAAUUGCGCGAACAACGCUUCAAAGUAUGGCUUCAGACACAAGCUGCACCACCAAAGCCAGCGCCCGCACCGCCGGAACAACCCAAGGCCCGCUCGAAGAAGGGACGUAAAGGCCUAGCAACCGCCACCAUCUCCUUGCGCAAAUCACCUCCAAAGCCCACUGUGUCCCUGCCGAUAGCUGGACCUUCCACUCUGCUAUUCAAGGACGAAGACAUACCGGAGAGGAUCCUGGUCAUUCCACCCCUCCCCACGAUCCGGUCACUGGCCAUCACCGCUCCCAUGGUCUCUCCGGACAGACCCGAAUUCGAGGCAAACCGCACGAAGGUUCUGCGAGAGUUUGAGAGGGGCUGGUCUCUGGGAAUUGGAAGGAUCCUCGGACGACGACAGUUCCUCAAGAACAGCUGGAGGGCAAAAACGGCCAUCUACAAGGUGGUGCCGGACGAACUUGCAGCCAUCGAUGAUGAUCGCGUUAACGAUGUAAUGUACGAGUUGGAGCAGGUGAAGUCGUUUGAUGACUUCGACGUGAUCCCGCCCCCGGCCCCUGUGCUUUGCCUCGUCGGCCCUGGAAAGUCGAGAAACCAUCCAGAGGGUUGUCCCCAUCGGGUGGCGUGGGAGAGAUACCAGGACGAGCUUUGAUUAAACUUAACUUGGUUUUACAUAGAAGAAUUAGGGCAUCGCGCGUAGACGUCGUAGAGUUACUGGAACAAAGAUCACGUAGUUAGCAUAUAACAGUACCCCAGACCCGUAGCUUAGGGUGGCUGUAGUAGCCAGCUUUACGGAGCUCAACAGUAAUAUCAAUGGUUCAUGUCCGGUCCG